CCCACCCUGCCAAACAGACCCGCCUUCCAGCCGCGCGCCGCCCGUCUUCCACGCCUGCGCAGAACCUCCCCACUGCGCGCGCCUAAGGUCACGCCCCUCGCGUUGGGCCACGCCCUCAGGCUCCGCCCCUGUCGCCUGGAUCCCACCCCUGCCCACAGGACCCCGAACCCCCAUGAUCCUGCAGCAGCCCCUGGAGCGAGGCCCCCCGGGUAGGGCCCAGCGCGAUCCGCGGGCUGCCUCGGGGGCGCCCCGAGGCCUGGACACGAGCUCCCCUCUCCGAGGAGCUGUGCCCAUGAGCACCAAGCGGCGCCUGGAGGAGGAGCAGGAACCCCUGCGCAAGCAGUUCCUGUCUGAGGAGAACAUGGCCACCCACUUCUCUCGACUCAGCCUGCACAAUGACCACCCUUACUGCAGCCCCCCCAUGGCUUUCCUCGCAGCUCUUCCCCCACUCAGGAGCCCUUGCUCUGAGCUGUUUCUCUGGCGCUACCCUGGGAACCUGAUCCCCGAGGCCCUCCGGCUACUGAGGCUGGGGGACACCCCCACCUCCCACUACCCUGCAACCCCAGCUGGGGACAUAAUGGAGCUCUGAGUGCUGGCAGGCGGUGCCCCUACUUGCCUUCCUUCUUCACAACAGGGGAGACCAGCACCCCCACGAAGGGACCAGCUGCCCCGCUAUUCCUCCAGACCGGGCCUCUGGGCACCAGGACCUUCCUCUAACAGAGGAGGACACUGAGCUCACAGAGCCCUGGGGUGGGAGGAGCAGGAACAUGGGGAGAGAGCUCCCUCCCCCGGGAGAACUGAAUAAAGAUUGCUGAGUAAAUGAAA